AUGUUCUUCCGGUCGAUAACAGUCCAAUUGACCCUGUCACGGUCGAUACGGUCGAUAUAUCCUCAUAGGAGUUCGCUGUCUUCCUGGCAACGGGCGACUCGCGAGCUACGAUGCUAUGCUACGAGUAAACCGCCUCCUCUCCGCGCAAACACGGCAAAGGUGAAAGCUCCAGAGCUGUCCCUGAAGGAGCCCUCAUCUCAAACGGCCAACAAGUUCCGCAGGUUCGAAUGGGAUGUUUCUAAGCAUGAAGGACCCGUCUGCCUGUUUCGUGCCCCCAGACAGCGGUCAUACAUCAUUGGAGCGUACACAACAGCCUCCUUCUGCUACAUGUACGCAGGCUAUAACUUCUACACAUCUUCCAUCGACCCGAUAUUAAAGAUCCUCUGGUGGCAAGAGUUGCUUUUUGGUGGCAUCUGCUUCGUCAUGGCCGUCAUGGGCACCGUCUUCUUCCGUCGUGGCUUCGGUUUGAUAUCAGAGAUCAACGCUGCAAACGUCAACGGCAAGACCCAGCUCUCAAUCAAGGUCAGGCGUAUGCUCCCGUUCCUGAAACAUCGUGAAUUCCUGCUUGCUCCCUCGGAGCUCUCGAUCUCGCAGAAGGUAUGCGUGAGCGAAAAUGAACUCACGAAGAAGGGCUGGUUGGAGUCCCAGCAGAAACUGGCUCGCCAGCGGGAGAUGGACAGGACCCCUUUUUUCAAGAAGCCGAUGCAAAAGACUAGUCUGGCUAUCUUUAGAGCCUUUUCGAAUGCGCGGCGCCUGUUCACCCAGGAACAUUUUGUUUACGUUAAUAUGAAAGGGCAUAAGAAUACACUGCGGCUAGACGCCCUGGGCUCGUUUUCUCCUGGGUUCCAUAAGCUGCAGAAGGCGGUCCUGUUUUACACAUGUAUCAUUAAAUCCAUCGGCGUUUAG